UUAAUAUGACAAUGACAAUGGUGGUGUGGAACAUGGAUGACUACCCAAUCCCUGAUGCUGCUGGUAUCGAAGAUGAUCUUGGUUUUAUUCGUACUAAUAUCCAACAAGUUGUUCAUCGAAAGGGCUUUCAUGGAUGGAUGGAAAUCGAUGCGUAUUGUAAGCGAAUCAACAGCGACGUAGAAGAAAAGUUGAGCAAUGCCGGAAUCAUUUACUUACCCUCAUGUACAAGAACUUACAUGUUUUCUGGUGUUAACAAAGCGGCUCCUAUGGAUAUGACUUCUAUUUUGAUUCAUUCCGCACUAACUAAUACUGAAUCAUGUGUUCCACUCUGUUUCGUGGUAAUCGCAAAGGCAAAACCGGAAGGGGAGUUAGAUAGGGUUCUCAAGUGUUUGGAAUCUAGGGGUCACGGUAUUCUCCUUAUUGAUCCGACUGCUAUCACAGGAUCUUUCUUUAGUGUGGAAUCUCUACUUGCUUGUGCACGUGUUUUACGUCCUCCUCCUCCUCGUACCGAUCUCUCCCAAGGCCAAGAGGAGGUUGAAGAAGAAGAUGCCUACAAGAUUGUAGAUUUCCUCGAGCCUAUAAGACCCGUCAAAGAGGAUAGGACAGGCGUCUUCUGGGACGCUGAAGAUUUCCCAUUCCCUCCUUUUUCCACUCCUGAUGAGAUCUAUGGCAAAAUCGAAUCAGCUCUUUUGAAAAGACGUUAUACCAAUAAGCCUUCCAUCUGGGUCUAUCUUGAUGAUGACAAGAAAGGGACUUGGAGGGGUGAUGUCCUUAUAGGUGACAAGAAGUGGUGGGCUUCCAGAAUCUACUUUCUUCCCGGAGGAGGGGAUAAAGCCGCGAGACGUAUUAGAAUGGCAAAUGACCUUCUUUUUUGGAUAAAGGACUCCUGUCCUUAUACUAGUACAUUUCAAUCAUAUUCGAUCCUCUUCUCAGAUCAAUUCAAAGAUGACGCCGAGUACGCCGAGCUGCUUAAUAGUCUCGCGUUGACCGAAGCUUGCAAUAUUCUCUCAGUAAUUCCCACUCAGGACAUCAUCAUCGAACCAGAAAGUGAUCCUGAAUGGCCAGGAUUGCUAAUAGAUGGAGGAUCCUGGCUUGGUCGGUGGGACUAGUUGGCUUGUGUUGUUCGUACCUCCCCGUUUGGUUUCUAAUUUACUUUGGUACACUAGCCGUCUUUCAUGAUUUCACUUGCAAGCAUCCCUCCUCCAUAAAACAUUAUAUUUAUGUGGUACCUAUUUGGUGUUUCG